GCCCCAGGCAUUUUCGCUUCCUGCAGCCGCCGCGGACGGAGCUCAUGGCCGGGCUGGGAGCGCGCAGCGUCUUGGUGACUGGAGCCAACCGCGGCAUCGGCCUGGAACUCGUCCGGCAACUCCUGAGCAAGCCCGACUCGCCGCAGUGGCUGUUCGCCUGUAGCCGGGAACCAGACGGGGAGCGCGGACAGGAACUCAGGAAUCUGGUUUCCAAACACCCAAACCUCGUGAUAGUGAAGCUAGAUGCUACAAGUCCCACAAGCAUUAAGGAUGCUGCAGUGUGCGUGGAGAACCACCUGAAAGGGUCAGGGCUGAAUUUGCUAAUAAACAAUGCAGGCGUUUUUAAAGAUGUGGCGUUGGACGCGGUGGAUGUGGAAGACAUGAUCAGUGGAUACAAGAUCAACGUGAUUGGGCCGUUGUUAGUGAGUCAGGCCUUCCUGCCUCUUUUAAGGAGGGCAGCCCAAGGAAGUUCUCAGAAAGGGCUGAGCUGUAAUAGGGCGGCCAUUAUCAACAUCUCCUCUACCCUGGGCUCCAUCGAGUUAGUCCCCCCCUCUUACAUGAACCCUGCAGUUCCAUAUCGCUGCAGCAAGGCUGCUCUUAACAUGCUGACCCAGUGCCAGUCUGUGGAAUUCAAGGACUUUGGGAUUUUGUGCACGAUUGUUCAUCCAGGAUGGGUGAAGACCGAGAUGGGCGGCCAGGAGGCUGAUCUGACUGUGGACGAGAGUGUGCGAGGGAUCUUAGAUGUUCUUUCAAAACUCAGUGACGAGCACAACGGUGCUUUUAUUUCCUGGAAAGGAAACAAGAUGCCUUGGUGACACCAGUCAGCUGAGACAGAGCUCUCCGUUAUCCCAGGUUGUUUCUGUGGCAGAUACCUGGAAUUGAGCAAGGGGGUAGCUCAGCUGCUAAGAUUAUGACAUUCGGCUUGCAUGGUGGAUCGAAUUUUCCACUCUACAAAUAAAACCUACAACAUCA